AUGGCAUCACCCCCAACAUUCCCAGGUUUCACAUCCAGUACAGAAAGCUCACUGCUAGCUCCCCUUCGGGAAGCUCAUAUUCCUCAACAGCCUGGCCCUGGUAUUGAGACCCGAUACAUGUAUGUGCCUUUCACUUCAAGUGAUCUAGUAAACUAGAAAACUCAUACUGUUGCAUUUUCUGAUAAUCCUGCCCCAAUGACGAAUCUGCUAACCAGUAUUAUGGCUACACAUUGGCCUACCUAUGCAGACUGUCAGCAGCUUUUACUGGCUCUCUUUACAACUGAAGAGAGAAGCCAUAUCAUGCAUUAUGCUCGAAAGCAUGUGGAAGAAAAAGUUCCUCAGGGAACUCAGACAGAGGAGUGGAUAAAGGCCCGUUUUCCUGCAACAGAUCCCAACUGGGACCCCAAUUCUCAGAUUUCCAAAGAGCAUCUGUCAGAAUACAGGCAGGCAAUCUUAGAAGGUAUGAAACAAGCAGGAAAAAAACCUAUUAACAUGUUUAAAGUCAGUGAAGUACUCCAGACAAUAGAUGAAAGCCCUGGAGCAUUUGCUGAGAGGUUAAUGCAAGCUUUUAGAAUGUUUACCCCAUUCGAACCUGAGGCUGCAGAGAACCUGCGCAUGGUAAAUACAGCUUUUGUUGCCCAAUCCUAUGCUGACAUUCGCAAAAAACUUCAGAAGCAAGAUGGUUUUGCAGGAAUGAAUCUAUCCCAGCUGUUAGAGAUUGCCCAGAAGGUUUAUGCUUCGGGAUACGUAUGGGCAGAAGAGAAUCCGCCUGGGCUAGCAGUAAAUCAUGCGCCUAUCAAAGUAGAAUUAAUCCCAGGGACUGUUCCAGUCCGAGAAUGCCAGUACCCAAUCCCUAGGAAGGCAGUAACUGGCAUCCAGAAACACCUUGACAGACUCCUUGAAUAUGGAAUUCUUGUAGAAUGUCAGUCUCCAUGGAACAGUCCCCUUUUGCCAGUCAAGAAGUCAGGCACCGAUGACUACAGACCAGUACAGGAUCUUAGGUCUCUAAAUUCUUGCACACAAACCUUGCAUUCUGUCGUUCCAAAUCCAUAUGUCUUACUGGGACUAAUACCUGCCUCAGCCACUUACUUCUCAGUGGUAGAUCUCAAGGAUGCGUUCUUUUGUUUAAGACUGGCACCUGAAAGUCAGCCACUGUUUGCCUUCCAGUGGGAAGAAAAAAAGACUGGUAGAAAGCUACAAUACACAUGGACCCGUUUACCACAGGGGUUCAAAAAUUCGCCCACCCUUUUUGGUAAUGCUCUCAGUAAAGACUUGAGCCAGUUCCCAACUGUGCCAAGAGAAGUUGUGUGCCUUCAAUACUUUGAUGAUAUUCUGCUGGGGGCCAAAGACUUACAGACAUGCCAAGGUGCCACUGCUGCUCUGCUAACACUUCUGACUGAGGCUGGAUAUAAAGUGUCUCAGAAGAAGGCUCAGCUAUGCCAAGAGACAGUGAAAUUUUUAGGCUUCCAUAUAUCCCAGGGCAGAUGGCAGCUAGGCAGGGAGCGAAAAGAGACUGUGUGUGCUAUUCCUGCGCCUACUACCAGACGCAAGCUGAGAGAAUUCUUAGGAGCAGCAGGGUUCUGCAGAAUUUGGCUCCCCAAUUUUGCCAUAACAGCUAAGCCCUUAUACGAAGCCAGUAAGGGGGGGGGGGAAAAAGCACCUUUUGAAUGGACAGAGCAAUGUCAAAAUGUCUUUGAAGAUUUAAAACGUCAGCUCACAAGCCUGGGACUACCUGAUACUGACAAGCUUUUUACUCUAUAUGUGCAUGAGCAAGAAGAAAUAGCUGCAGGCGUUUUAACUCAAUUGCUGGGAUCCUGGCCCAGACCAGUGGCAUAUUUGUCUAAGCAAUUAGACACUGUAGCAAAAGGGUGGCCCCCUGGUUUGCACUCAGUAGCGGCUGUCGCAGAACUUGUAAACGAGGUAGACAAGUUUACUUUUGGAAGUCAACUUGAAGUAAGAGUUCCCCACUAUGUGCAAGUCCUUCUGGAACACAAAGAGAACUACUGGUUCACCAAUGUCCGUAUGGUCAGAUAUCAGGCACUUAUGUGUGAAAACCCCAGAGUAAAAAUAGUGACCGUGUCAGCUUUGAACCCAGCCUCUUUGUUGCCAACUCCUGAUGAUGCAUUGGAGCACGAUUGCUUAGAGGUUAUGGAAGAAGUAUUUUCUAGCUGGCCAGAUCUGAAAGAUGUCCCAUUUUCAGAUCCUGAUGUUGAAUAUUAUACUGAUGGGAGUAGUUUUAUCCAGAAUGGAAAACGCAGAGCAGGAUAUGCAGUAGUUACUCUACAAACCGUGAUAGAGGCAGAGCCUUUGCCUAUUUCAACUUCUGCACAAAAAGCUGAGUUAAUUGCCCUUAUCAGAGCACUACGAUUAGCAGAGGGACUUAAAGCAAAUAUUUAUACAGAUUCUAAAUAUGCUUUUAUGACACUGCAUGCCCAUGGAGCCCUAUACAAAGAGGGAGGCUUAAUUACUGCAAAUGGCAGGAAUAUCAAGAAUAGUACAGAAAUCUUGGAACUGCUUAAAGCUGUCUGGGCACCCCGGAACAUAGCUGUCAUUCAUUGCAGAGGCUAUCAGAAGCCCCUAAGUCCGGUAGCAAGAGGAAAUCGGAAGGCAGAUUUAACCGCUAAGGAGGCAGCACUAAAGCCUUAUCAGGGAAGCACAGAAAUUCUGCCUGUUUUUCAAGUUUCCUUAACUGAAUGGAGCCCUCGUUAUUCACAAGCUGAGGAGCAGUGGGUUCAAACUCAAUGGGCAGUAACUAAAAGAAGAGAUGGCUGGUAUGUUUUCCCCGAUGGCAGAAUUUAUAUUUCAGAAGCUGUUGCGUGGCCAUUAAUUCAGAAACUGCAUGAGGGAACACAUUAUGGGAAGACUGCACUAGAACACUCUGUGAGUCAGUGGGCAUAUAUUAAUCGUAUGAGUUCACUGACAGCCCAAACUUCUGCACAAUGUGUUACAUAUGCAAAGAAUAAUCCAAGGUCGGGUCCCACUCAACUCCCUGGGAGUCAGCCACUGGGAGCAACACCUUUCUCCUUAGUUGUGGAUUUCACCGAGAUGCCCAAAGCUGAACAUUACCGUUACAUGCUUGUAUUUGUUUAUACAAUGUCUGGAUGGAUUGAAGCUUACCCCACACGUACUGAGAAAGCCAAUGAGGUUGUAAAAGCCUUAUUAAAAGACAUUGUGCCUAAAUUUGGUUUACCUGUAAUUAUCGGGAGCGAUAAUGGACCAUCGUUUAUAGAGAAAACUGUACAGGGUGUGUCUACAUUGCUUGGUAUUACCUGGAAAUAG